AUGUUAAGGAAAUUCGUAUUAUUGGCCUUGCUGGCCAUUACAGCAAGUGCUUUAAACUUACCCGGUGUACCAUUGGAAUUUAGCGAAGAUGAUGCCGUUAUUUCAGCUAUUUCGGAUGACAUUGCCAACAAAUUUGCGGAUGAAUUUAUGAAAUAUUUGGAUACUGGCGUUGAAUCGCCCAGUUUAAAACAAAUCUCUACCCAAUUGGCCAAAUCCCAUACCAAGGAGAUUUUCACAACCAAUGCCAAUGAAUUAAGUGCUAUUAAUCAAUUUUUCGCCUGUACCACUUGUCGUGCUGUGGCCAAUGUUGUUGGCCGUACCUUCCGUUCCAGUGAGGGCGAACUUAAUGGUCCAACUGCUGAAGCAGACACUAAGAAGGUUUUGUUAAUGCUAUGUGAUCGUUUGCAUAUUCAAACUCAAGAAGUCUGCUCUGGUUUGUUCGAUUUGUACUGGGAUAUUGUCCAUUAUAUUGUUAUGAAUACUGAUGGUGAUGCUCGCUCCAUGUGCGGUAUGUUGCCCAUUAGUUUCUGCUCGAUCAAACAAGAACAGUAUAACUGGAGCGUAAAAGUUGAUGCCAGUAAGGGACUGAUGACAGGGCCGAAAGCCACUGUACCCAAAAAGACUGAUAAUGAUUUGACAAUUGUUCAAAUUACUGAUAUCCAUUAUGAUCCUGAAUAUAAGGCUGAUUCGUUGGCUGAUUGUGAAGAACCCUUGUGCUGCCGUGUAACACCCGCUAGUGGUAUUUCUGUAGAAGCUCAGGCUGGCUACUGGAGUGAUUAUCGUGAUUGUGAUCCACCCUUAUAUAUGAUUAAGGAUGCUUUUGAUAAUGUAAAGAAAAAUCAUCCCAAAAUUGAUUAUAUCUAUCAAACUGGUGAUAUUGUACCACAUAGUAUUUGGUCGACAACCAAGGAAAGCAAUAAAGCCAUGUUGACGGAAAUUAAUGAUUUGAUGGCCGAGAAAUUCCCUGGUAUUCCAAUCUACCCCAUUGUUGGCAAUCAUGAACCUCAUCCAACUAAUGUCUUCGGUCACAACGAAGUUCCAUCAGAAUUGGCUGUAAGUUGGUUGUACGAACAUUUAUGGAGCAAUUGGCAACGUUGGCUACCAGCUGAAGCGAAAGAAACCGUAUUGAAGGGUGGCUACUAUACCGUCUCGCCAAAACCCGGAUUCCGUAUUAUUGCAUUGAAUAAUAACGAUUGUUAUAUCUUGAAUUUCUGGGUCUUCUAUGAUGGCAGCAAAACAUCCCAACCUCAAUUGGAUUGGCUGCAUGACACACUCUUGGCUGCCGAAAAGGCUGGUGAAAAAGUGCACAUUUUGGCUCACAUUCCAUCGGGCAGUUCUGACUGCUGGUCGGUUUGGGCUCGUGAAUAUAAUCGCAUUAUUGAGCGUUUCAGUGAUACCAUUAGCGCCAUCUUCAAUGGUCACACCCACAAGGAUGAAAUGAUUUUGCAUUAUUCGGAAAUGGGUUAUCCCAUGGCUAUUUCAUGGAACGGUGGCAGUUUGACUACAUACUCCUAUAAGAAUCCCAAUUAUCGCACCUAUGAAGUUGAACCUGAAACUUAUCAAGUUGUUGAUCACUCCACCUACAUUUUCAAUUUGACCGAAGCCAAUGAACAUGGCGCACAUCGUGCUCCUGUUUGGUACAAGGAAUAUCAAUUCUCUGAAUUCACCAAUGAUUUGAGUCCAGCUGGUAUUGAUGCUCUCUUUGAAAAAAUGGCCGAACAACCUGAAAUUUUACGCAAGUACUGGGAAUACAAAGCUACUUCGGCUGAUCCCAAAUUACAAGCUGGUUGCAAUAACAAAUGUAUGUUGAAUACAAUUUGUGCUUUGGUAACCUCUGAAUAUGGUGAAACAACACGUUGCAAGCAAUUGAAGGCUAAACUCUCGGAAUCGUUGAACAAACCCACUGAAAAACCCACCGAAGCACCAACAGUUGCCCCACCAAGUCCAGAACCCUCAACAAAACCACCCGGUGGUGAUGGUGCAGCUUCCCUAACAGCUUCCAUUACCUCAAUUGUUACUCUCUUAUAUGUAAUUAAACAAAUGCUAUUUUAA